AUGGCAAUCAUUCAUCUGACAUUUCAACAGCUAUUAUACCUUCUCCGAGUGUUCGGGACUAUUACCAACACUUGGCCACCUCAUCCAAAUAUUGGAAAAUAUGAGCUGUUUUUCCGUAAUCUUUAUUGCUUCGUUAUUACUUUCAUAUUUGUGGCAGUGUGGUUAGGAAUUUUAAUGAAUCUAUUUAAAAAUUUGAAUUCUGAUGUCGGCGAAUUGAUGAAGAACAUAUCCCAUAUGACAUGUUCUGUGGAAGGUAUUCUCAAUUUAAUUUUGUGCACAGUUCAAAGAAAACAGCUACAGAAUCUAGUGGUGAGUAUCGAGGAAUUUAUGAAGUUUUCAAAAGAACACGAAAGAGUAAUUCUACAAAAAUACAUAGAUCGUUAUGUUACAUUUAUAACGAUUGUUGCAAUAUCCUUCAGUAUGGCAGGUUUUACCGUCAUUUGUGCCCCUUUAUUUAUGCCUCAAGAGUUUCCCUUGAACGCAUGGUAUCCGUUUUCAAUGGAACCACUGUUACGAAAGAUUAUUCUCUAUGUUGCACAAAUAUACGCAACCACAUACACUAUUUUCUCUCUUAAUGUGGACAUUAUGAUUGCUGUUUUCUUUUUCUAUUCAACAGCUAGACUGGAAAUGUUAGCUUUAGAAAUAGAACAAGCGAAUGAAUUUCAUAUAUCGUCUAUCAAAAAACAUCAAGCAAUAAUAAAGUAA